GUAUCUUUCAUUUUGGUGCGCACAGAUCCGAGAUCAUGGACUCGCUUGCGUGGGUAUUGGCGCUGCUACUUGUGCUGGCAGGCGCUGGAUACAUGUACAUGCAGCGACAAGAAGAAGCCAAGAAGCAGGCGUUGAAGUUGCAGAAAGAAAAGGAGGAGAUAGCGCGCCAGCAGUUCCACGGACUCAACAACAAGAAGUCCAAAAGCAAGGCGAAGAAGAAAGUGGACGUGACAGCGGAGAUUAAGAAGAAGAAAGCGCAGGCUGCGGCGCAGGACGCAGAAGAGGAACACUCGAGCAUCUUACACGUUCUCAAGGGUCACAAAUACGGCAUCACUGCUGCAGCCUACAGCCCCAACGGCCGCUUCCUGGCCACGGCCAGCUCGGAUCGCUCCAUUCGCCUCUAUUUCCGCGACACGCUCAAGGAAAAGAACCCCAAGGUGCACCAGAUCAACAUAGAAUAUGACCACGUCACGGCCAUGUGCUUCAGUUCGGACGGACGCAGUCUCGUGAUUGCAACGGAGAACGGCAACGUAAAAAUCUUCCAAAAACUGCGUGCCAAACCGGAGAUCGUGGCGGACUUCCCGGUUUCACACAAGACGGACGUGCACUCUGUACUCAUGAACGACAUUGGCAACUGGGCAACUAUCAUUACAUGCGCGGGCGACUCGGAUACGGACGUCAAGUUCUGGAACUUGAGUGGGGAGUUAUUGCAGACAGUGAACACGAACCAGGUGGCAAACUACCACUGCGUUGGCUCCAAGGACAACCGGUAUAUCGCUGUGGCAGCGUACACACCGGAGGUCAAGAUCUACGAGAUUGUGCGUGAGAAGACGGGCGCCUUUAAGAAGGUGAAUAAGAUCAUGACGCUGCAGGGACACAGGACUGGUGUCAUGGAUCUUGCCUUCGAUGGGUCAGACGCGCUUCCUGUGAACCGCGUUGUGACUAUUUCAAAGGACUCCUCUGUCCGCCUGUGGGAUAUUAACGUACGAUACACCGUGCAAGAAGAUCCUAAGGUGUUGUCAUCGUUCAAUGCCAGUGGAGAUCAACCGUUCCAGGCUACCGACUUCGCUCCUAACGGCAAGAUAUUGGCCAUGGUGAGGGGUAAGGACCUCGUGUUCGUUCGGACCAGUGACAACAAGGAGUUCUUUACCAUCGAAAACGCAAUCGAAGACCUUAUCAAACGAGCCACGUUCUCUCCCGAUGGGUCUGAGGUGUUGGUGCUAGGAAAGAACUGCAAGCAUAUCAAGAUUUACAAGACGCCUGAGCUAUAGAGGAAGGGGAAGCAUGUUAACCCAUGCAUUAGCAUUAGAAGGAAGCAGUGGGGGGGGGGGGGGGGGGACAAACAAGAAUCAUCUUAACCCAAAAAACCACCGGGGGGGGAUAACAGUGAUUCAUAGAGACGAUGUUGAUGACUGUAUUUCGUUAAAUUGAAUGCUAACCACUCUAAUUCUGUGGCAG